GUAAAGUCUGAAGUGGAGCUGAGGGUGGGAAGAACGCUAAAGCGGCAAGCCGUAGGACCCAGAAAAUGGCCGGUUGGCUGGUGGAAGGCUUGAUCUUCAGUGGCGCGGCACGCACUCGCCGGGCACCACUGUGCUGCGGGUGGGGCGCCCUUUGUUGUUUUCAGGGGAGCGACGAUCUGCUCCGCGCUACAGUCGGCGGCCAAGAAAACAAGCUGCGCAAUCGGCAGGAGAAGCCGAGCUGUCAAUCAGUGCCGCGCAAGUCCUUUGAUCUGUCCACUUUGGAGGCAAGUUUCAAUCUCGAGCUUCUUGGGCUGCCGGCGAAGAUUAUUCAAUCUGGCUGCAAACGCGUGCGACUCUGGGCCGGCGCCGCGUUGACGGAGGACGGGUACCGAGGAAAGUACCUGCGGCUUCUCAUCUUCCAUCUCUCUCCAUUUCGGGUCACGUCAGCCAGCUUCCAAUCCGUCCUCGUUCAACCUCCCACUUCCAAUCCGUCCUCGUUCAACCUCCCACUUCCAAUCCGUCCUCGCUCAACCUCCCACUUCCAAUCCGUCCUCGUUCAACCUCCCAAUUUGCACGGUCGCACAAGGUGACGUGCCUUUCUGCGCCGUCCGUAUCCAGAGGGAGGCAGAUGCAAACCUGGCCGUUCGGUUCGGCUGCUGGCCCGUUCUGACCUGGCGUGCAGCAUGCAUCCAUGCCAAGGCCCUGUUUUUAGAGCGCCAAAUAGAUUGAGCCAGGGAAUUGGCAGGACCUCGCGCGCAUCUUGCCUCAACCCGGCAGAAAGAUUCUUGUCAAUUUCAGCAACAA